AUGGGAGAGAGCAUGUCCAAGAGGCUGAAGCUGCAGCUGGGCGGUGAAGCUGAGAUGGAGGAGCGGGCUUUCCCCAACCCCUACCCCGACUACCAGCCCCAGGGAGCCGUGGCAGCCCCCAGCGCGGCGGACGCCCACCGGGACAGGGCGCUGAAGCCGCCGGCGGAGGAGGAGUCUCUCCCCUUCGGCGCCGACGGGAAGGUCAAUACUCGGUUCUCAAAACGGAUCCAGGCAAAAAUCAAGGACCUUCUGCAACAAAUGGAGGAAGGGCUGAAGACGGCAGAUCCACAUGACUGCUCUGCCUAUACUGGCUGGACUGGUAUUGCCCUCUUAUAUCUGCAACUGUACCGUGUCACAAAAAACCAGAGCCAUUUGCAGCGAUCUCUUGAUUAUGUGAAGAGAAUCCUUCGCAAUCUGAAUGGCAGAAGAGUUACUUUCCUCUGUGGUGAUGCUGGGCCAUUGGCAGUGGGUGCAGUGGUUUACCACAAACUAAAAAACGACAGUGAAUCUAAAGAAUGUGUUGCCAAGUUGUUGCAACUUCAAAGGACAGUCAUCAGCACAGAUUCCGAACUUCCAGAUGAGCUGCUCUAUGGAAGAGCAGGUUACCUGUAUGCCUUGCUGUACCUGAACACUGAAAUCGGUCCAGACACUGUCCCACAGUCUGUUAUCAAAGAGGUAAUAGAUGCUAUUAUUGAGUCGGGGAAAAACUUUUCAAAGGAGGAACGGAAGACAGACCGUUGUCCUCUGUUGUACCAGUGGCACAGGAAGCAGUAUGUUGGAGCAGCCCAUGGAGUGGCUGGGAUCUAUUACAUGCUCAUGCAGCCAAUUGCAAAUGUGGACCAGGAGACCCUGACAGAGCUGGUGAAGCCAAGCAUUGACUAUGUACGUCAUAAAAAGUUCCGAUCUGGGAAUUACCCAUCAUCGCUGAGUAACGAGACUGACAGGCUGGUUCACUGGUGCCAUGGUGCCCCCGGAGUCAUCCACAUGCUCAUGCAAGCUUAUAAGACUUUUAAAGAGGAUAAGUACUUGAAAGAUGCUAUGGAUUGCAGUGAUGUCAUCUGGCAGAGAGGUUUAUUGAGAAAAGGAUAUGGGAUCUGCCAUGGUACUGCUGGCAAUGGUUACUCCUUCUUGUCUCUCUAUAACCUAACUCAGGACAGAAAGUACCUCUACCGAGCUUGCAAGUUUGCUGAAUGGUGUUUGGAGUAUGGUGCACACGGAUGUCGUAUUCCUGACCGACCUUAUUCCCUCUUUGAAGGUAUGGCUGGAGCUAUUCACUUCCUCUCAGACAUUUCAGUACCAGAGAGUUCCCAGUUUCCAGCGUUUGAACUUAGACCUCAAAAGAGAGAAAACAAAGUGGAACAGGACGGCUAAAACCAUCAUUUUGAAAGGAAACUGAUGCCAAAAGAGAUGAGACUGUUUAGUGCCUCUGAUAGUGAACCAACUUGACGCUGAACUGACAGAUGGAUGAAGCCCUCUUCUCACCCCUCCUGCCCCAAAGGACCACAAAGUUAUUAGAGCAUGAACAGGAGAAGCCACACUUGAGUUCUGUUAAAGUGAUACCUUCUGAUGUAGGACCAGAGAAGUCAAGUUCUGAACUUUCUCUUUUCCGUUGUAUUUGUCUUCUUCAGGUCUUUGCCAUGCUCUGCACGUUUAUUGGUGUUGUGUGUUGAUCCGAGUCUUUUGUUGUUAGCCAAAAGCUGGUCUCUGUGUGAAUCUCUGUCCUGUACCUUUGUGCAUGACUCACAAGAGCAGUGUUGCUUUCUGCAGCGUGGUCACCUGCAGAGAGAGUUCGCUGCAGGACAGUGCCCAGCUUCACUGGUGUGCUGGCAGCUCUAAAAAGAGAUGAAAAAUGUUUUUAUGUUCAUUUUUUUCCUGCCUUUUUCUCCACAGUCCUUACAAGCUAAGCUGGUGGAGAUCAGCUGGUUUUGAUGAAGAGGCAU